CAGCACCCAAAGUCGAAGGAUAGCUCUGGCCUUUCAAUGGAAGAAAGUGCUAGAUUUGUCAGUGUUGUAUAAUAUAACCAAUUCUCAGUGUCCAUAUUUGUUUUGGAACGAUCGGAAUUGUCUUCAUUUAAUGUGAGAUACCGAACUGGCGUCAAACAUGCGUAAAAAUCAACGCUGUCCAAGCAGGGAACCACCGAGAAAGGAAUUAUCGCCGCUCAUCUGAGGCCAAUCUCGAUUAUUUUAGUCAAAUAAGGAAACAUAACAUAGCUAGCCGGCUAACGUUAGCUCCGUAGAUAGCUAGGUUAUCGACAUAUCUUCACACAAAAGCAGAAUCCAGCAGAUAAUCAAGAUUGGAUCUACAUUCGCACAGCAGCAGGAAAACCUAUAGGCAGCAAUGGGUGCAUUCCUGGACAAGCCGAAGACAGAGAAGCAUAGUGCCCACGGUGAGGGCAAUGGGCUGCGUUAUGGCCUGAGCUCCAUGCAGGGGUGGCGGGUGGAGAUGGAGGAUGCCCACACAGCUGUGGUGGGUCUCCCCCAUGGACUCACCGACUGGUCCUUCUUUGCUGUCUACGAUGGCCACGCAGGCUCCCGGGUGGCUAACUACUGCUCUGGCCACCUGCUGGAACACAUCUUGUCAGGGGGGGCCGACUUCAGUUCAGGACCCAGCUCCGUGGAGGGCGUGAAGGACGGCAUCCGCUCGGGCUUCCUGAACAUUGACGAGUACAUGCGCAGCUUCACUGACCUGCGGCAGGGCCUGGACCGCAGCGGAUCGACGGCGGUGUGCGUGUUGCUCAGCCCGACCCACCUCUACUUCAUUAACUGCGGUGACUCGCGGGCCGUGCUGAGUCGAGACAGCAAGGUGGGCUUCUCCACCCAGGACCACAAGCCCUGCAACCCCCGUGAAAAGGAGCGCAUCCAAAAUGCCGGAGGCUCAGUCAUGAUCCAGAGGGUAAACGGCUCCCUGGCUGUGUCCCGGGCCCUAGGGGACUACGACUACAAAUGUGUGGAUGGUAAGGGCCCCACGGAGCAGCUGGUCAGCCCUGAGCCCGAGGUGUGUGUGUUGGAGCGGGCGGCCGAAGGAGAUGAGUUUGUGGUGCUGGCAUGUGAUGGAAUCUGGGACGUCAUGUCCAACGAGGAGCUGUGUGAGUUUGUCCGCUCACGACUCCUGGUGUGUGAUGACCUGGAGAAGGUCUGUAACUCAGUGGUGGACACCUGUCUGCAUAAGGGGAGCAGGGACAACAUGAGUGUGGUGCUGGUGUGUCUACCUGGAGCCCCCAAGAUCUCAGACGAGGCUGUGAAGAAAGAAGAGGAAUUGGAUAAAUACCUGGAGACCCGUGUUGAGGAGCUACUGGUAAACUGCGGGGAGACGGGAGUCCCUGACCUGGUGUCUGUCCUGAGGAGCAUUGCCACAGAGAACAUCCCCAACCUUCCACCUGGCGGCGGCCUGGCCAGCAAACGCAGUGUGAUCGAGGCGGUGUACAACAAGCUGAACCCUCACAGAGAAGAGGAAGGCGCCUGUGCGGGGGGAGAGGAGGAGAGUGAGGAGGGAGGUGGCAGUACGGCGGCUCAUCUGUUGGAGGCUCUGCGGCAGUUCCGCCUCCACCACCGGGGGCAGUGCCGCGCGGUGCUGGAGGAGUCCCUGGCCGCCUACCACCUGCGGGGGGAGAGCACUGCCGAGGGAGCAGGGGAGAGAAGGAGGACCUCAGACGACGGCAACGACGGCCAGGAGCAGCCCGCCUCCCCUCCCUCUCCCCCCUCGCCCCCGCCCUCACCUGCCACUGCAGAGCUGGAGGCCAGCCAAGAUGCGCCCGCCCCCGAGUUUGAUCCCUCCUCUGACUGAGCACCCCGCCCGCAUACCCACCCCCUCAUCUGCCCGUCCGACCCCUGAGCUCCAGUCAGAUGUGCAAUGACCUCUCCUCUUUCCCUCAUCACAGAACUUGAAUGGACACAUCGGCCAUUUCCGGCUCUAUCAUCUUCUGCAACCUCAGCUGCCAUUGCCAUUCAUGAAUAUAUCAAUGAAAAAAUGGCUGGAAAUAAAAAUGGCCCCUCUGUCUAUUCAAGUUCUGUCUCUGAGCCAUAUACAUACCAUCUACCUAAUGAGGACUCUCUCUGAUUUGUUUCCCCUGUCCUCUGAUCACCUUGGCUUGGAUUCCCCAAACUUGCCAGCCACUUUUACAACCUUACCACACAGACUUAUGUUUACAAUAGCAAAUAAUCUAAACCAAUUAUUAUUAAGUGCAAAAGUGGCUGGUGAAGCAAAUAAAUGAACAUUGCACUCCAUGAUCUACAUUUACCAGUGUUGGCUUCUGGCUGAUUUCCCACCUGACUCCCCCCCUCUCCCCCAGCCUCACCCCCACACCUGCUUACAGUGGACGAACUGACAAAGAAAAGGAGAGGAGACACUCUGAACUGCAGCUGUGUCUCCAGGCCUACUCCAUCUACAGACUCAGAACACACUCUUUUGUGUAUAUGUAUGUAUGUGUGCGUGUGUAUUUGUGUGUGUCUGCAUGAGUUUGAGAGACCGAGCAAAGAGACCAGUCAUCACUACAGAAAUACAGAAACUUGAGUGUUAGCCCUUUUAUCAGCAUGUUAGGAUUGUUCAAAUCACUGGGCGAUUUAACCACGGAGGGAUGCUGGUGUGGGUUGGUGUGUAUUUGUAGUUUGAAUGACAGUUCACUGAAAUCAUUCUACCACCACAUAUCCCUGAUUCCAUAUCGCCACAGUUUAGUAGACUGCCUCACAAUCAUGCACAAAGGUUCAAGUUUGUUCCUUUUUGGUGUUACUCUGAUGGAUGGAAAUGUGUCGGUAACACUCAAGAAGGCUACUGUUAGCACUGGUAUCAUGCUAUUGUUAGCGUUCAUGUGAAAACACACCUGAGCAUAAGAGCAACUAUUCUGAAAAAGCACAUCUCAGACGGAUGAAAGUUGAGCUCAGUCAAACCGUGUAGAGCUGAACCUGACAAGUUUGACAUAAAAAAAAAAAAGUCUCUGUAAGUGAUUAACUCGCUUACUUUAACUAACAACAUGGCCUUUCACCUGGCGACACCCUCAGGCUAACUUAUACCUAAAGUUGACAUUUUAGCACACAUGCUAAACUGUUAAAUGUUACCAUGCUGUCAUUUAGCAUUUAACUUGUUAACAUGCUAACAUUCAGCAUGUGAUGUUUGCCCUAUUGGCUUGCUAAUAUGAUAACAUUUAUCAUGGUGUUCGUCAUCAUAUCUCAGAGGUAUUCUGUGAUGAACUGAAGUGUUUGACCUGAUGAUGGCGCUAGAUGUUCGAUUGGGACCACAAAUGUUUCUUCUAAAUAUCACUCCAAUCCAGCAAUUGUUUAACGUACUGCACCUCUUGACCAAAAUUUUAGACCAGCCAACCAACAUCACAUCCCUGAUGUCACACUGCUCGCAAUGUCCAGUCCAGGCCUUAAACACCUGAUUUAGCACCUGUACAGUCUGUUACACCUGGACAACAGUGAAUGUGUUUUAUGUGAGAUGGUUGCGUUUCUGAAAUCAGUUCAAAGUAUAGCGGAAGUAUUAAUGUACCUGUUUCUUUUUUUUUUUUUUUUUUUUAUAUAAAUUUUCCACAGCUCAAACUGCCAGAUGCUGGUGUUAACUGUGGCUUUAUGAGUUUCACAGCUUGAUAAAAGCCCCCCCCUACAGCAUAUUUUAUUCCUCACAGGUUAUGACUCAAUAUCAAACUCUUACCUCAUUGUGGAAGUUUGAUUGAAACAGACUGCUGAAGCUACAGUGUUUAUUCUUCCCCUUUGACAGCAGGUAGAGGGAGUCUGUAUAAUGCCCUGUACCCAAUGACUCUGGUAAUGCAUGCACUGCACUUAUCUUUUACAAUAUCUAAGGCACUUAACUAUCGGAGGGGAGGUUAUGCUAAACACUGUGCGUGUGUGUGUGUGUGUGUGUGUGUGUGUGUGUGUGUGUGUGUGAGAGUGUGUGUAUGUGUAUGUAUGCGUGUUUGUGUAUGUAUAUGUAUGAGUUGUAUUUGUAUGGGCUUACAUGGGCCAAAUCAGUCCCACACAGUUAAAAAUGACAAAUGAACAAAUAAAAAUGAUUUGAGGUAUAAUGCUA